AUGGGUUACAAUACUCGCAGAAAGUCGUUAUCUCUACCCUCUCUUGGAAUACAACUCCCCCAAACUACAGCAUCCAGAAGACUCUCUGCCUCUCCAGCGAAAGGCGAUUUACCCCUCCAGAAAAAAGUCAAAAGAGAAUAUUCCCCUCCAGCCGCUCUAUCUCGUCAAGACCGCUAUGGCAGUAACCUUCCCCCUUCACCGCCACCAGAAAAUAGAAUCAGUCGUGAGGGUAUCAAUGAUGAUAUUGUUUCUGGGGUUGUAGAUGUCCUUGAGCGGACAGGAAAUCGGCCUCAUACAGUUAAAGAAUUGGCUGCCGAACUUGCGGGUGUUGUUAAUAUUGUUGAGAAUUCGGCUAAUCCCCACGCGAUCAUUUCCUCGCGAUUAAAUUCGUUUCUCAAACGCGACAAAACACCCUCGACGCCUUGUAUCAUCGCUAAACAGCUAAUCACUACUCACCCGAGGCGCAUCUACUUCUACCUUACUACCUGCCCACAUCAACCAAUCCCAAAACAUGAAAACGACAAUAUUCCCGCAAGACGCAGUGUUGUCUCGCCCGCACUAUCCGACGAUGAAGACAACAGGAGAAGAACUGAGAUGUCGCCUAGUCCGGAAAUUGAUUUGGGUCUACAUGAUGAAUCCGAUAACGAGUCUUCUGAGGAAAACAGCGGCACUCUGAGCACUUCUAGGGCUAGUAUCAUUGAGCGCGAGAGGACCACCUCUCCCGCUUCAUUAGAUAACAAAAGUGCUCUUUCUACACCAGUGCUCGAAGGCGAUGAACGGGAGUUCAGCCAGUCAGCCAUAUUCAUUGUGCGCCGCUCCGCCUCUAGGGAAAUUGACCAGAACAAGGAGUCUGACAAAAAGAGAUCACGGGGAGAAUAUGAAGCAGACGUGAGCGAAGACCGCCACAUUGAAUCUUCUACCAACGAUGCAGCAGCGAUGCUUUUGGGCUAUGGAACUUCUGCACCGGCUGUUCCUGUUCCCACUAGCCCUAUGGUGGUGCCUACACAAAUUACAACAAUAACUCCUAAUAUAAAGGUGGAGGGUGCCACUGGAGUAGAUGCUGCCCAAAACCACAACCGGGAUCAAGAGAAACCUAAUAACGCCACCGAUUCCGUCCUCGGUCUCGGGUUAGGCAACUGGGGCGGCGAGCUCGAGAGACAUCUCGGUAGCCCAGAAAGCGUCGAACUUGACGAAUUGGAUGAUCUCCUAGACUUUUGA